AUGCAAGAGCAACAACAAGCUCAACAAGCACAGCACCAGCCGAACCCCCAGCAGGUGAGGUUGGAACAGCUGAUGACUACACUAGGCCAAGCUACAGAAGCUAUGGCAAGAGUUGCACAAGGAACGGCAAUGCAGCAAGCGCAAUUGUCGACAGCAAUGGAUGCACUGGCGAAAGCCCAAGCAUCACCGAAGGCAAUCCUCAAGCCACCGGAAUCGUUUAAUCCAGCUACGAUUGAAGAAGAAGUGUCACAAUGGAGUGACUGGUCAUUUACGUUCAAGAACUUCUUAGCGUUCAUGGACCAAGAAUUCCUGAAGGACCUGAAGUCGGCAGAAGAACGAAAGGCUGUGAUAGGAAUGGAGGUGACAAAUGCAUUCUUCAACAAUGAUCAAGGAAGAGGCUUCGUGGAUUUCCUCUUGGGCCACCUUCAUCAGGAGCCCAUUGCUGGUAGCCGUGCCACCUCUGUGCAACAAAUUCUGCAUGCGGACCGUGCUGCCUGGAUGCGCCUGGCAGAGCUCACCCCCGACGGGAUUCGUCGAGAUGCAGCCGGGGCUUUGCCUCUUGACAGUUUGUGGGCCCGCUUGCAGACUGACCCGAAGGUAAUUUUUCAUCUCCUCCCGCGGGAAGGUGGAGCCCUCAAACGAGAAAACAACGAGAUCAAGCCUGACCUCACAGACACCCCGACCAAAAAGCAGCGCAAAGGUACUGGAAAAGGCAAGACCAAGACAUUGCGUGAGCCCAGCAAUCUCCCAGAAGAACUCAAGGGCCUUUCGUCUUGGACUAAGACCGGAAAGCGCCGCUGCUGGGGAUUCAAUAUUGCCAAGGCUGUGAGCCCUGUGGAGGGGCCGCUACUUGAUGCCGGACUGCAGGAGGCGGGUUCUGGCUUUUACGACCGUGUCGGUGUCCUUCCUUGCCGCUCCGUGGGGCUAAUUUUCUGCAUUCGGAAAGGGGAGUUGGAGAGUGGUUGGCAGAGCGCGGCCCACAGCACAGACCCGUUGAGUCGCUCACGAGCCUACAAGCAAGAGCGAAGUGUCAAUGAGUUCCAUCUCCAGUCCAAAAGCUCCUGCUUGGCGCGGAAUGUGCUGCUGCAGAUCGAGUCGUUGGCAUGGAGAACACCAGUAUUGCCUGUGCAACGUCCGCAUGGCACGGAACUUGUAGAUGCUGACAAGGUCUGUCUUGCGGGAGAUGAUGAGGCUUCGGUGUCUGCGCAGCGAAUUGGCGGUAGCGAAGCAAAGCAAGACAACCGGCUUUGGGGCUGUUUUUGGAUACUUGCGGACCACUUCAAAGCUGUUGCUUCUACAACAGACAGCAACAUGGCGUCGAUAAGACUGAAUGUGCUGAUCUCCGCUGCAGAGAAGUACAAGACUGAUGAACCCAGGGACAUGAAGCACGACAUUAGUGCAGAGCGAGUGCAUGCAGAACAUGAGCAGGACAUCUGCCUAGAUGCCGAUGGGUCGUCCUUGAAGAGCAUCCUGGAAGACAUGCAUCAGAAAAUGCAAUUCCUCUGUGAGGAGCUUUCCUUGGGUCGGGGACCAGCUGAGGCCGAGGAGCCCGCGCGCGCCGUCCUCCGAAGUUGCGCCACGUUGCGUACUGUCAGCCAGGACAGCUUUGAGCCGAACUCGGCCCGCUCUGGGGACUGCAGCCGGCCUGCUGGCUCGGGGCUGCUGUCCAAGGGUGCCACAAGCGCCUUUGGAGAUUCUGAAGGAAGAUCCCUGCCAGCCCGAUCUCGCACUCACUCGGAGCACGAGAAGGUCACGAGGGCGCUUUUCGACUUGGACUGCGACCCACUGGCCGCGAGGGUUGCACACCUCGAGCAGUCCCUCACGCGAGAGGAGCCGCUCUUGCAGCGCUUUCACUCGGAGCUGCGAGCAAACUUUGCUGCCGAGCUCGAGGCGGUUCGCGCGCAACUUCUGGAAGAGUUCCGGGAGCAGGUCCAGGUGCAGAAGCUGCAGGCCAUGGCGGAGCUACAGUUUGCGAAGGAAGCGUUGCGCGAACGCUUUACAAGCCUCCCCAGCCACCGGUCGUCUGAACGCUUCCGCAUCUGUUGGGAGGAAGCCUCCCGUGGGGCGGCUGAGGGCGAUUUGGCGCUGGAGAGAUUAGAGGCUCUGUCGGCGGAAGUUCGUAGGCUCACUUCCGAGGUCCGUGCGCAGGCCGAACUCCUGGAUCAUGUCCGCUUGCUGACGGACAUUCUGGAGCCACCUGCAGACGACGCCAGGACCCUGGGAUGGCGGGAAGCGCCAGAGCCGGUCGAACCGGAGCUCCGAGGUGGUCCGACAAUGUUCAGGAGGGAGACUGGCGACGCGGGCUACCAAGGUGCGGCAGAAGCACGGUCCUUUGAUCCGCCAGUUUCACACGCGAAGGGCUCCAGUGAGGACCGUUUGUCAAGCUGGCGGGGUCCAACUCCGGCACGUGGGGCAUGA